GUCCGUCGAUGUACACCUAAUUGAAACACUUUUCCACCAACUUUUGUUUUAAACCUUAGUAUGUGGCUUCCGGUUUCAACAAUUGCUGCGCUUUGCGUUCUUCUUGAUAUGUCCGAUACCACUCGAUCCGAAAAUGAACUCGAACUUGUCUUCAGAGACAGAUCACAAUCCGACUGGGAGGAAGCUUGGCAUAAAGAGAAAUAUACCCGAUGUCGUGAAACUCUAAUCAAGCAUUUAUACUGGGCUUGCGAGAAGGAUAUUUAUCGUUUAACUCGACGAAGCGACCAAAAUGGAUUCAAUAAUUACAUCACCAAUGUGGAUGAAGAAUUUCCAUAUUUGGCACCGAAAAAAGCAAAAAGGUUGUUGCGUUUUCGAAGAGGUGUUAAUCGACGUGCUGGCGCUUCUAUUACUUCAGAGUGUUGCAAAUCUUCGGGUUGUACUUGGGAAGAAUAUGCCGAAUAUUGUCCAACAAACAAGAGAUACACUUCCUAUGUUUAA